AUGACUUCUCGAAAAUGGAAAGUUGAGCUCGUUCCCAACAUCGUUGACCAUCUAGCUGAAAUUGAUUCAGAGGCUUUGUAUGCAGAGUAUCCAGUUUCUACUUCGACAUACGAUCAUGGCUACCGCAAGAUCACAUAUGGUGAUUAUGCAAGCGCCAUUAACUGUCUGGCUUGGUGGAUGCACGAAACCUUGGGUCCUACUAAAGACUUUGAGGUUCUAGCCUAUAUCGGACCCAAUGAUCUGAGAUAUCCAGCACUGAUCUUGGGUGCCAUAAAAGCUGGCUAUUUGAUAUUUCUCACCUCCCCAAGAAACAGCGUUGCAGCUCAAACAAAUUUGCUUGACCGCCUGGAAUGCAGAACUGUUCUAUCGCCGACUCCUUGCCCUCCUCAAAUCACCGAGAUCCUCGAAGCUAAUUCCCAUCUUCGCGUCGUUGAGGUUCCAAGCGUUGGAGAUAUUCUAAAAAAUAAGGGGAGACGUUUUCCGUUUGAUAAAACUUCUCUAAAGCGAAUCAGGAGCCCUUCGUUGUUGUGUAUACUUCUGGUUCAACUGGAUUUCCAAAGCCUAUGA